GAACUUACGUGUGACGUAGAUGGAUUUCAUCCUGUAGUUGCAAAGCGAAGCUGUUAGCUGAAGCUAGCAGCACUUCUUUUAUUUUGCCACACUUUUACUCAAACGGUUGUCGUUAAGAUUAGUGUUGCUGAGUGGUUCUACGGGAAGUUAUCAAACACCAGACUCUUUAAGGAGCCAUUUUGCUAAGGUUUCUCCUGGAGAAAGACUGCUGAGCCAUGUACAAUGGUAUUGGCCUGACCACUCCUCGGGGCAGCGGCACCAAUGGCUACGUGCAGCGCAACCUGUCGAGCCUGCGGGUCAAGAGGCCCCGAGACGAGCGCGGAGGCGAGCGCGACGAGAAGGACCGCGAGCGGCUGGAGAGUCAGCUCAACCGGCAGCCCAACGCCGACAUCCUGGAGCACCAGCGCAAGCGGCAGCUGGAGGUCAAAUGCGCUGAGCUGCAGGACAUGAUGGAGGAGCAGGGAUAUUCGGCCGAGGAGAUCGAGGAGAAGGUGAACAGUUUCCGCAUGAUGCUGCAGGAGAAGGAGGAGCCGCCUCCCGCUGCCGCUCAGAAACCAACUGUGACAGAAACACACGCCCUGGCUGCAGCCAACCAGCAGAAGAACGACCGUCUUCGUGCCGCUUUCGGCAUCUCCAGCGACUACGUGGACGGGUCGUCCUUCCACGCCGACCGCAAGGAAAAGGAGAAAGAGAAGCGGGAGCAGGAACGUCUGGAGCGGGAGAAACUGCAGCAGCAGAAAUACACCUUGGUGGAAGAUUCAGAUGACUCAGAUUCUCCUCCUAAGAAGCGCAGCCGGAAGAAGAAAAAGAAAAACAAGAGCAGAGAAAGCAGCUCAGAGAGUUCGUCCUCAUCUCCUCGCAAAGAGAAGAAGAAAUCCAAAAAGAAGAAAAAGAAACGGGAGGCGUCUGAGGACGAAGACGACAGUUCCUCAGACGAGAAGCAGAAAGUGGCGAAGAAGAAAAGGAGUGGAAGUUCCAGUCCUCCGAAAACGAAGUCGGGUCGGCGCAGAAGCGUCUCCUCGAGUUCAGAUCACAGCAGCAGAUCUCCACCUCCAUCCAGAUUGCAUCCAAAGGACCAAACCGCAAAAACCACAGAAGGCAGAAAGGGGCGGUCGCCAGACAGGAGGCGCCGUGGCUCUGAGGAGCGCAGCCCACAGCGUCGAGCGGGCGACGGGAGGAGGCCCAAUCCUGAGAGGGAGAAAGAGCAACGCCGGGAGACGGAGAAGACCCAAAGGAGACAUGACUCCUCGUCCCCCUCUCCGUCUCCAGAGAAAGACAGAAACGUUGAUCGGGGAAGAGCAAGAAAAUCCGGAAGCAAACAAAGGGAGCGAGAAAAAGGGCAAGCCAGGAGCACGGACAUGGACUCAAGACAGCACUCCAGGAAUCAGGAGACGGAGAAGAGGAGGCGCUCCAGGAGCGUAGAGGUGGACAAAAGAGAUCAAUCUAGAAACAAUGAGAAGGGGUUAAAGAGUCGAGAAAUCAGAAACACAGAGAAAGAGAAAGUACCUCAGAGGAUCAGACGGGAGCCCUCCUCUUCGUCUUCCUGUUCUCCUUCUCCUCCUCCUCCUCCUCCUCCUCCUCCUCAGCAGGAAACAAGGGGGGAAAGAAGCAGGCUCCCUGAGCGGGAAAAAGACGGGAGCAAACACAGAACGACGAGACAUGACUCUUCAUCUCCGUCUCCUCCUCCUGUAAAGGAAAGGGCACAAAGAGGAAGGAGUGGAGAUAAAGAACGUACAAGUGAGAAGGACAUUCAGUCAAAGACACGGGGACGAAAUGAAAGGGACGUCAAGAAAGGUGAAGCUCAGCGGCAGGAUAGAGAGAGACAACCGUCUCCUCGCCAACAGAAAGGAGACAAGAUGGCAGGCGGUCGAGAUUUGUCCCCAUCCUGCACCAAUGGAAGCCAGAUUGAGAGGAGACAAGAAACGCACAAAGAACGAUCGACAGACAGGCAUUUGAAUAAGCAAAAGGAAGAAAGUGGUGAGAAACGUAGGAAAGACGGCGGGCCGACUGCCGACGGUAGAGGGGACGGGUCCAGACCUCCGGAGAAGCAGAGGAGCCCAGUGAGAGAGAAAAGACUGGAGGAGAAGCUGAAACAAACAGAAAGCAGCAGCAGCAGCAGUAGCAGCAGCAGCAGCGAUAGUGACAGUGACAGCUCCUCAUCCUCCUCUUCGUCCUCAUCCUCCUCCUCUUCAUCUUCCUCUGAGGACGAGGAUAACGCCGAUAAAACUGCAUCACCAGAACAAGAGAGAAGCAUUCAUAGGAAAAGUGUGCCGUCGGCCAUCGGAGCUGCUGUUGAAAGGUUUCUGGCCAAUGGGAGGAAAGAAAGCGCCGCUGGUUCUGAAGGCGACGGACCCAGACGUCCCCACCGAGAACCUGGACCGGACAAACCCGAGCGUGAGAGACCACCGCUCAGAGAUCCCGCCCAGGAUCGCCCGUCUCAAGCUAAAGGACAAGAGCGGUACAGCCCCACGCAAGUGGAAAGCCGGAGUCCGUCUCCCUCCACACCCAGGAGACCCGAAAACAACCGAGGCAGGAGGUUCUCUCCGCCUGAGGCCAGAGCUGGGGACCGGGCGAAGGACAAGGACGCCUCCAAGAGGACCACAAGGGCCAGCCCCAACGCCAGGAGCCCACGCUCUCCAGCCCAGAGGACCGCUACCAUCCCACCAGCCGCCCGCACUCCUCCAAGGCAGUAUCAGGAACCCCCGUCCCGGUCCAGAAGAACGUCACCGCCUCCAUUCCCAUCAGACCGUGACAGGGACAAGGGACGAGAAUGGGACAGGGACAAGGGACGAGAAUGGGACAGAAUAGUCAGAAGGAGCCGGUCCAGAAGUCCUAGGCCCAGAAGUCCUCCGAGAAGACGCAGCGGAUCUAGGCCCAGAAGUCCUCCGAGAAGACGCAGCGGAUCUAGGCCCAGAAGUCCUCCGAGAAGACGCAGCGGAUCUAGGCCCAGAAGUCCUCCGAGAAGACGCAGCGGAUCUAGGCCCAGAAGUCCUCCGAGAAGACGCUACGGCUCUAGGCCCAGAAGUCCCCGAAGGCGCAGUGGUUCUAGACCCAGAAGUCCGAGGCGGCGUAGUGGGUCCAGGCUGAGAAAUCUGAGACGCCGUAGCGGUUCUAGGCCCAGAAGCCCAAGACGACGCAGUGGGUCAAGGCCUAUAUCUAGGCCUAAAAGUCCAAGGAGACGCACUAGAUCUAGGUCCAGAAGUCCAAGGAAACGCAGCAGAUCCACGUCAAGAAUCCUCAGACGGCCAAGUCCCCCCAGCAGGUUCCGCCGCUCGCCGUCUCCUCAGCAGCGGCGGCGGGCCAGUCGCUCGCCCUCCACAGACAGGCAGAGGGAGCGAGAGAGGGGCCGGCAGCCAGAGAGACCGCCGCCUGCAAAGGUCGCCUCCCCGCCCCAAAGGUCGUCCUCUUCCUCCUCCUCGUCCAGCUCCAGCUCCUCCUCUUCCUCGUCUCCUUCCCUGCCGCCGGAGAGGAAGGAGGUGAAGCCUCCGGCGGAGAGAGAGAGGCCGCUUCCGGACGACGGGAAGCCGGCGGGUCGAUCUUCGUCGGCUCAAGGUCCCCCCAGGGACUCUGCCCGAGCCGCGGCGGCACCGGGUCGAAGGAGCUCGCCGUCCGACCCGCGCCGGCCUCAUGACGCCAUCAGGAGGUCGCCGGCCAUCAGCCAAUCAGAAGGCAGGCAGCCAACAGCUGGUCCCGAAGGGAAGCAGUCACUGACAGCCACCAGGAAGGACGCUGCUGUGAACGGGAAGGAGAAGGCCAGCAGGAGCAGCAGCUCCAGCUCCUCUUCAUCCUCCUCGUCUUCAUCAUCGUCCUCCUCCUCGUCAUCCUCGUCUUCGUCUUCAGACAGCUCUGACUCGGAGGCGGAGCAGGGCAAAGGGAAGCCAGAGAAAGGACGAAGCUCCCAGUCCUCCUCUUCCUCAUCCAGCGAUGAAGGGGAAGCCAAGAAAAACAGCCCUGCUCGGCCUCACCGCGUCCCGGCCGACUCGCUCAGAGAUUCCCGUUCUCUCAGUUAUUCUCCUCCCAGACACAUCCGAGCCGUUCGCUCCUCUCCCGCUCCCAGGAGCGCAGGCCGGCGGUCGCCCAGAUCCUCGUCCAGCAGCAGGAGGAGAAAAUGAGCGAUCAUCAGAAACACAUCCUUCCUCCUUCUCCUCUUCCUCCUCCUGCCAGCCUGGACUCCAGCACUGGGUCUGGAGAACUGCUCCUGCAGUGAUCUGUUUUUGUUUUGGUGGAGCGUCGCAGGCUGCAGCCGCCUCACCCCAACUGUACCUGUGCUGAAUGUCGUCCUUCCUGUAGAUAUGAGCUGUCCGUAUUUUGGUUAUUAUUAUGUAACAGGUAAACGAUUCCAUGCAAUGUGAGCAGAAACUGAAACUAGGGUAAUGUCUUUUGUUGAAAAUGAUUCAUCGUAUUAAUAAAAAGUAAUUGUAAAUUUUA